AUGGGGACGGAUACAAAAACCCGAACGAGGAUAUGCUCCUGUUUUGCUUUUUAUGUGGUUCUCGUGCUUUUCCUCGGAAAACGGGCUUUUGCUCAGAUCAGGUACUCUGUUCCGGAGGAGGUUAAAGACGGAACGGUUGUUGGAAACGUUGCGAAGGAUCUCGGCCUGGACAUCACUUCUUUGAUUGAGCGACGGUUCCGUGUUGUGUCUGGAAAUAAAGACGCUAUUUUUGAAGUAAACCAGAAUAACGGGGCAUUGUACGUGCAUAACCAUAUUGACAGAGAAGAGCUCUGUCAUGGCAGCGGUGCCUGCCUAAUGGAGCUGAAAAUCCUUAUUGAAAACCCCUUGGAAAUGCACCAUGUAGUUGUAGAAAUAACUGAUGUAAAUGAUCACUCCCCCAGUUUCCCUGAGGAUGAACAGACGUUUGAAAUAGCAGAACAGACGUUGCCGGGAAGGCGAUUUCAGCUGCACACUGCUCGUGACCCUGAUGCUGGAAUGAACUCUAUUCGUACAUACACGUUAACGUCAAACGAUCACUUUGAAGUAAAUAUCCGUCAAAGCGAUGCGGAUAAAAUACCAUUUUUAGUGCUUAAGAAGUCGUUAGACAGAGAAAGCAAGAACAAACACACGCUAAUGGUUACAGCAGUUGAUGGAGGUAAACCCCCAAGAUCAGGAACACUAAAUGUUUCUAUUGUAGUUCUAGAUAUUAAUGACAAUCGUCCGAUAUUUAGUCAGGAGAUUUACCAACUUGAAAUACAAGAAAACGUUCCACUCGGCACUUCAAUAUUUAGAAUGAAUGCGACUGAUUCCGAUGAAGGCACCAAUGGAGAAAUUGAAUACAGCCUUGGAAAAACCUUAAGGCGUAAAGUCUAUGACAUUUUCGAAUUGGACAAAUUAACUGGCGAGAUCAGAGUGAAAGGAAUAGUGGACUAUGAAGAAAACGACAUAUACGAACUGGACGUUGAGGCAUCUGAUAAAGGGCAACCUCCAUUGACAGGUGAGUGUAGGGUCAUUAUAAAAAUAAUAGAUGUCAACGACAAUCCACCGGAAAUAGAAGUCACAUCACUGUCAAAUACAGUGUCUGAAGACUCAAAGCCUGGUACAGUUAUUUCCCUACUUAGUGUGACGGAUAAAGACUCAGAUGUUAAUGGAAAAAUUAUUUCACAUAUAACAAAUGACGUACCUUUUGAAUUAAAACCCUCCUAUAGGGAAAACAUAUAUUCAGUUGUCACAAAUGGAUUUUUGGAUCGAGAGAAGGUGUCACAUUAUGAAAUAACAAUAAAAGCCACCGACUGUGGUGAACCCCCCUUGUCCACUUUGAAAACUCUUACCAUUCAGAUAUCAGAUGUAAAUGACAACAGUCCACAAUUCCCCCAAAACCCAUUACAGUUUUACCUGUCAGAAAAUAACGUUGCUGGGAAGUCGAUACUCUCUGUAAGCGCAACGGACAGUGAUCUGAAUGACAAUGCAGCUGUUUCCUAUCAUAUUAUGAGAGAAGGGAAUCAAAAUGACAUUAUGUCUUUCCUGAAUGUGAAUCCGGAUAACGGACACAUCACCGCGCUAAAAAGUUUUGACUUUGAGACGCUGAAAACUUUCCACUUCCACGUGGUCGCGUCAGACUCGGGAACUCCGUCACUCAGCAGCAACGUCACAGUGCACGUGUUCAUUCUGGAUCAGAACGACAACGCUCCAGUCAUCCUGUAUCCAGUCAGCUCGAACGGUUCUGCUGAAGGUGUGGAGGAGAUUCCCCGCAACGUGAACGCAGGACACUUGGUGACUAAAGUCAGAGCCUACGACGCCGAUAUAGGAUAUAACGGCUGGUUACUGUUUUCACUGCAGGAAGUUACCGACCACAGUCUCUUUGGUCUGGACCGCUACACGGGACAGAUCAGGACACUUCGCUCAUUCACAGAGACAGACGAGGCUGAGCAUAGACUGGUCAUACUGGUGAAAGACAAUGGGAACGUUUCACUCUCAGCAACGGCUACUGUGAUGGUCAAACUUGUGGAGCCCAAAGAGGCUUUUGCAGCUUCUGAUGUUAAAAGUUCGGCAAAAGCAGAUGAGGAGAAUAAUGUGACUUUUUACUUGAUGAUAACUUUGGGCUCAGUUUCGGCUCUUUUUCUCAUCAGCAUCAUUGUGCUGAUUGCGAUGCAGUGCUCCAAACCCACAGACUGUACUUCCAAAUAUCUGCAAGAGACGAAUUAUGACGGGACUCUGUGUCACAGCAUCCAGUACAGAUCUGGAGACAAACGGUACAUGUUAGUUGGACCCAGGAUGAGUAUAGGAUCUACUAUAGUCCCAGGAAGCCAUGCCAAUACUCUAGUGCUUCCUGACAGGAGAGGAGCAUCUGGAGAGGUAAGAGCUUUAAGAACAAAUUUUUACUCAAUGUGGUUACGUUUCAUGUGUCUAAAGCAAUUUCCACUGAGGACAAGUGGUCGUUACAUAGAGGUGUAA